AGUCCCUCCGGGGAUGUCGCCGGUACACACUUUUCCGGCUCAAGAGACCUUCACUACAGAAGAAACGAGCUUCAGAAGUUCAUCAUCUUCUUGUUCGAAAGGAAAAGUGGGUUUUCUAAUCAAUUUUCCUCCACAGAUUCCUCCGCCGAAAAGCGUACUCGCGGAGCCUUCACUUCCGGGUCCGCCAUUUUGUUGCCUCCAUUUCUCCACGAGGGGGGGUAAAGGCCCCCAAAAUAUGCAUACAUGAAAAGGCCAAAAAGUAACCGUCACUGACAGGGAGUUUUACCUAGAGAAGGAAACAGGACCAAACUGGCAGGCUCGGUGAAAGAGCAGCGGGCAGCGUCCGGGACGAGGAGCUUCCUGAAAACCUCCGUUCCUAUGCAUGAAGAUGUCUCUGGUGGACUUGGGGAAGAGGCUGCUGGAAGCAGCAAGAAAAGGCCAAGAUGAUGAAGUGAGGACGUUGAUGGCCAAUGGUGCCCCAUUUACCACAGACUGGCUUGGAACCUCCCCGCUGCACCUUGCAGCCCAGCAUGGACACUACUCCACUGCAGAAGUGCUGCUUCGCGCUGGCGUCAGCAGGGAUGCCCGCACCAAAGUGGACAGGACCCCUCUGCACAUGGCCGCAGCCGACGGACACGCACAGGUCGUGGAGCUGCUCAUUAGGAAUGGUGCAGAUGUGAAUGCCAAGGACAUGCUGAAGAUGACAGCUUUGCACUGGGCCACAGAGCACCACCAUCGGGAUGUUGUCGAGCUGCUUAUCAAGUACGGGGCUGAUGUUCAUGCUUUCAGCAAGUUUGAUAAAUCGGCCUUUGAUAUAGCUCUGGAGAAAAACAACGCUGAGAUUUUGGUCAUCCUGCAGGAAGCAAUGCAGAGUCAAGUCACUGCCAACCCCGAGAGAGCCAGCUCCGUGACCAACCCCGUGACGGUGGCUGCGCCAUUCAUCUUCACCUCCGGAGAGGUGGUUAACCUCGCCAGCCUUGUGUCUUCAGCCAACACCAAAACAACCUCAGGUGAGCCCCAUGCCUCAGCAGUACAGUUCUCAAAUUCUACCACCUCAGUGCUGGCCACCCUUGCCGCCCUUGCUGAGGCGUCUGCCCCCUUCUCCAACUCACACAGAGCCGCAGUCAGUCCAGAAGAAAUCACAGAGGGAGAUUCAGUUGACUCAUCGGUCCAGCAAGUGGUGGGGAGUGGAGGCCAGAGAGUGAUCACCAUAGUGACCGAUGGGGUCCCUCUGGGGAACCUCCAAGCUGCCCUCCCUGCCGCAGGCCUGGGCCAGUCACUCAUCGUAACUAUGCAAGAUGGACAGCAAGUUCUAACUGUACCUGCUGGUCAGGUUGCAGAGGAGACUGUGAUUGAGGAGGAAGAGGAAGAAGCAGAGAAGUUACCACUGACAAAGAAAGCAAGGAUGGGAGAGAUGACAAAUAUUGUGGAGGAGCGUAAGGAGGGCAGCGAAAGAGAGUUACUACAGCAGCAACUCCAGGAGGCCAAUCGAAGAGCCCAGGAAUACCGGCACCAGCUCCUAAAGAAAGAGCAGGAGGCAGAACAGUACCGCCUUAGGCUGGAGGCCAUGGCCCGACAACAGCCCAAUGGAAUUGAUUUCGCCGUGGUUGAAGAGAUAGCUGAGGUAGACGCUGUAGUAAUCACAGACAGAGAGGAGGAAGAGAGAGGAGCAGAAGUGACUAGGUCAGGAGGUGCCACAGAGCCUCAUACUGGAGUUUCUAUGGAAACUGUUUCAUCCUAACAAGCAAGAUCCACAGCUUGCAUUGUGUUCAUCUUAUUUCUCUUUUAAGAAGAAAAUUCAGCUGGGCACGGUGGCACAUACCUGUAACCUCAGCU